AUAACGAUAAAUUACUUUUAAGAUUAUUUGUUGUAAGUAGAAAGUAUGUUAAAAUAUUUUCGUAAAUAAUAAUAAUAAUAAUAAUAAGAGUAAAACGGCCUUGAAGGUACAACAAAUAUAUUGAGCAUGAUCUGUAAAUUCUUUACUGAAUUCGGCCGUAAAACAAUUCCGAUCCUGAAUCAUGGGUUUCUUAAAACCAACACGAUUAAUAGCACAUAUGUUUUUGUUAGUGUAAGUAUUUUUCGUUAUAACAGUAAUAAAAUACUAAAGAUGGGCUCCAGUUCUGGUAAAUUUCAAGUUACUAAACCCAAAGAUCCUAAACAAAACCUAAUGGCUACAACCUCGUCUUCGCCCCAACACUCCUGUGCAACAGCCGAAGAAUACGUUGAAGAUGUCGUCUGUAAAACAACCGAUUUGGUUGAAAACGAACCUAAAGUAUUCGACCUAAAAGACGGUAAAGUGCUACUAAUAAAACAAAAUGGGCAGAUAAACGCAUUGGGCACGAAAUGCACCCAUUAUGGGGCCCCAUUGGAAAAAAGUGCUGUUGGUGAUGGGAGACUCAGGUGCCAGUGGCAUGGAGCAUGUUUCAACAUCACGACCGGAGACAUUGAAGAUUUCCCUGGUAUGGACUCAUUACCCUGUUAUCAAGUUAUCCUCGAGGACGAUAACGUUAAAGUCCGCGCCAAAAAGUCGGAACUCAAGGCCAACAAACGGGUCAAACCAAUGGUCAAACUUAAUCCAACGGAAUGUCAAAAGAUAGUCGUAAUUGGGGGAGGUCCAGCAGGAGCUGUGUGUGCAGAAACUCUUAGACAAGAAGGGUUCAGGGGUAAACUUACCCUGGUCAGUAAAGAAAAAUAUCUGCCCUACGAUCGAAUAAAACUGAGCAAAGCCCUGGACAUCUCCGACAUUAACAACAUACAACUAAGAAGUCCGAGUUUCUACAAAGAUGGCGACAUAGACGUUAUUACAAACGUUAUGGCUACCGAAGUAAACCCCUCUAAGAAAACCGUUACCCUAAGUGACGCACAGAUAUUACCCUACGACAAAGUUUUCGUGGCGACCGGUUCAACGCCCAGGCUACCGGAUUUGCCCGGUGCUAACUUCAAAAACAUAUUCGUCCUGCGGGAGUUUGAAGACGUUAAACUUAUCGCAAGUCAUAUCUCUCCCGAUAACGAAGCUGUAAUAUUGGGAUCCGGUUUCAUUGGGAUGGAAUGUGCGGCAUUCCUAGCAGGAAAGGUGAAAAAAGUUAGCGUUAUUGGAAGAGGCCGUGUUCCUUUUGGGGCUACAUUCGGGGAGAAAAUAGGGACUGCACUUAUGCGACUGUUUGUGGAAAAAGGGAUCGAAUUCCAUAUGGACGUAGAAGUUAAACAAUUCGUAGGUAACGAAGGAAAAGAGCUAAAGGGUGUCGAACUAGCCGAUGGUACCGUUAUACCAGCAAACUUUUGUAUAACUGGAAUCGGGAGUAACUUAAAUACCCAAUUUCUGGGUUCCAGUGGGAUCAACAUAAACCCAAAUGGAACAGUGGAAGUUGACGAAUAUUUGAAGACGAAUAUCGACGAUAUUUUUGCAGGUGGUGACAUAGCGAACGCCCCCAUAAUCACCCACAAUACUAAAGCGUCAAUUGGACAUUGGGGUCUAUCCCACUAUCAUGGCCGAUUAGCCGCUUUGAACAUGCUAGGUAAAAACCAACCCCUAAAAACUAUCCCCUUCUUUUGGACAAUGCUAUUUGGGAAAAGUAUUCGGUAUGCGGGUUACGGUAAACCGGACGACAUCUUGUACACGGGGAACGUGGACGAACUUAAGUUCGUAGCGUUCUACUUAAAUAGGGAUGAAGUUAUAGCUGUUAGUUCCUGUCAAAUGGACCCGGUGGUCUCCCAAUUUGCAGAACUAAUGAUACAAGGUAAAAAAUUAACCAGAAAAGAUCUGCAAGCCGACCCGUUGGCUUGGACGAAACAGGAAUUAUAAAUUGUCACGUUUAUGUUAAAAGGGGACCAUCAGUUUGUCUCGCACUGUUGUAAUGUGUAUUAAAAGGUAUUCGUUAAUGUUUUUUUCUUUCACAGAUUUUAGGAAUCUAUUGUACAGUAUUCUGCAUUUUUAAUAAAGCUUUUGUGAUAUGCAUUAUUUACUUAAAAUGUAUAUAAAAAAGUAAAAAUAUAGCUAC